AUGGGCCGCAAGAACGCCAAGAAGACCGAGACGUCUAUCCCGUCUGCUUCGCAGAAGGAGAUCGUUCAUACAAAGAAGGAGAAAAUCGACAAGAUAAAGGACAAGAAAAAUGCUUCUCUUACCACAGGAAUAUACGGAUGGACUCUUAAACUGCUGGUGGUAGUCGUGGCCAUAGCUGUGGCUUAUUAUCUGCAUGAAUUGGACAAGUUGGACUCGAAAAACAUGGAUAACAGUCAAUAUAUCCAUCAAAAGGACGUGGUAGAACAUCUCCGUAUGAAUGUUACGUGUGCUUCAACCGAGAAUGCUAGAAACUUUGUAACAGGAUGUCACAAGAAAAAAGGAGAGAUUUGUGGUCGUGCAGUGAUCGACAAUUUCGUGACACCUUCACAGGUGAUGCGAUUGCGUGAGAUAGCGGAGAUUGGGAUGAAGAACCGCUCGGCACUUGGCGGUCCCACGAUUAUGGAUAUCAAUACAGGCUACGUCCGUGACAGUGAAGGUUUGAUAAACAUCUAUCAGCCUGAGAAGAGAAUCCCGAACGAGAUGAAGCCUGGGGUCAAGCGCUUUGAGAAGCUGCAGUACAAUUUGUACCGCCGAGUCGUUGAGAAGGUCCGCUGGGCGGUGAUGAAAGAGUUUGGUCUCAAAGCGUUGUAUUUCUCGGCGCCUACAUUCAUCACGCGUUUUGUUGGAAACGAUUCGUGGGCCCCUAAUCAGCUUCACGAUGAGUACUGGCAUCCACACGUGGAUAAGGAAAACACCAAGCACUACGAUUACUCGAGUCUCUUGUAUCUCGCAGACUAUGAUGAAGAAUUUACGGGUGGUCUUUUUUCGUUUAUCGACGAAAGCACGGAAACAGUUAUCGAGCCUGCUCGUGGCCGUCUCGUGAUGUUCACGGCUGGAUCAGAAAACCUCCACGUUGUGCGCAAGGUGGAGACUGGUACACGCUAUGCGUUGAGUCUUUGGUUCUCGUGUGAUGAGCGCAAGCAGUUUCACAAUUUUCUUAAAGGAGCGAUGCACAAACGCUUUAGACAGAACAAAAACGAGAUGAAUCCUGCAGAAUUUACAGACAAAACGAAUGAAUAUCUACGUCAUGCACAUGAUAUGGCAGAGGAAAUGGGCCACUCCCAGCUCACACCACUCCAUGUAGCCUAUGCGCUAUUUGAUGACAAGAAUGGUACGGCCAAACGUGUGGCUGAUUUAGUACAUGGCAACGUAGCUGGCUUUCAACAGGACGCAAUGCUACAGCUCAAGAAAUUACCGACGCAGACCCCAGCGCCCGACUCGAUUGGCGUUGACUCGGCACUCAUAAAGAUGUUAAAAUACGCUCACAAGAUGCGUAAGGACAUGAAAGAUUCGCACUUAGCAGCCGACCAUCUUGUUGUUGCUCUGUAUCACAACUCACAGGUUGCAAGUCUACUCAAGAGCAAUCAAAUGGAUGAAAAUCAAGUAAAAGAUGCAGUACAAAAGAUGCGAGGUGGUCGUCCUGUUACGAACGCGUCAGCUGAAGAGAGUUAUGAUGCGCUUAAUAAAUAUGGUCAGAAUCUGAUUGAGUUGGCUGAGGCUGGUAAGAUUGACCCAGUUAUUGGACGAGACGAAGAGAUUCGACGAGUGAUUCGCAUUUUAUCAAGACGAACCAAGAACAAUCCGGUGCUGAUUGGUGAACCCGGUGUGGGAAAGACUGCUAUUGUUGAAGGUUUAGCACGACGGAUUGUGGUAGGUGACGUGCCCGAGUCGCUGAAUUGCAAGCUCAUUAGUCUGGAUAUGGGCGCCCUGAUUGCAGGUGCCAAGUACCGUGGUGAGUUUGAAGAGCGUCUCAAGGCUGUGCUGAAGGAGGUGAAAGACAGUGACGGCAAGAUUAUCCUGUUCAUCGAUGAGAUGCACCUGAUUCUCGGUGCUGGACAAACAUCGGGUGCAAUGGACGCUGCCAACCUGUUGAAGCCCAUGCUAGCGCGCGGCGAGUUGCGGUGCAUUGGUGCGACGACGCUUGACGAAUAUCGCGAGCACGUGGAGAAGGACAAGGCAUUUGAGCGACGAUUCCAACAGGUGCAAGUGCAUGAGCCGUCCGUCCCAGACACGGUGAGCAUUUUGCGAGGUUUGAAGGAGCGGUACGAGGCACAUCACGGAGUGCAGAUCACCGAUGCGGCUCUGGUUGCAGCUGCCAAGCUUGCAGAUCGCUACAUCAAGGGGAGAUUCAUGCCUGACAAAGCCAUCGAUAUCAUCGAUGAAGCAGCGUCGGCAGCUGCAGCUACAGGUGGAGGCUACGGCACUAGCAAAGGAGAAGGACGAAUUGAGCAAACAGCGUUUGAAAAAGUGCAAGAGGAUCUGAACAAGAUCCAAGACGAAUUGAGUCCGCUGAUCUUACGCCACGAGGCGGAGAAAGCUCGCGUUAAUGAAAUCCGCCAGCUACGUGACAAGUUGCAGAACUUGCAGCUGAAGGCUGAGCAGGCUGAACGCAAUCUGGACCUGCAGACUGCUUCUGAUCUGCAAUAUUACGCCAUUCCCGACGUGAGGCGUCGCAUUGCCGCAGCCGAGGAAGCAAAGAAGCGUGAAGAUGAAGACGAAUUGCAGCACAAGAUGGUCGAAGAGGUUGUUCGGGAAAACCAGAUAUGUGAGGUGGUAGCUCGUUGGACGGGUAUCCCGGUGUCUCGCCUGACGUCAAGUAUGGGCGACCGCCUCAUGCAUUUGGAAGAGCGCAUCCACCAGCGCGUUGUUGGACAGGAGGAGGCAGUGAAGGCUGUUUGCGACGCAGUCCUGCGCUCACGUGCCGGACUUUCUCGCACAGGACAGCCAACCGGCAGCUUUUUGUUCCUUGGUCCCACUGGUGUGGGUAAGACAGAGUUGGCAAAGGCGCUUGCGAACGAGCUCUUCGACGAUGACAAGCACAUGGUGCGUAUCGACAUGAGCGAGUACAUGGAGGAGCACACGGUCUCGCGACUCAUCGGCUCUCCACCCGGAUACGUUGGCUUUAGCGAAGGUGGGCAGCUAACUGAGGCUGUGCGUCGCAAUCCAUACAACGUGGUGUUGGUGGACGAGAUUGAGAAGGCCCAUCCGAAGGUGCUGAAUAUUCUGCUGCAAGUGUUGGACGAUGGCCGACUGACGGAUUCGCAUGGACGCACGGUCGAUUUUGCAAACACGGUGAUCAUUAUGACGUCAAACAUUGGCGCGGAGCACCUGCUUUUUGAGAACGAUUUGUCGCCGCGCGCAAGCAAGAAGAUCAAGACCGAGGGUGACGUUAUGGAUGCGGAAAGCGAUAGGAAGCGGGAGUUUGCAAACCAGCGCAAGUUGGUGCUUCAGCAGUUGCGUCGUACCAUUCGUCCAGAGCUGCUGAACCGCUUGGACGACAUUGUUGUGUUUGAACCACUGGGCCGCAAGGAGUUGCGUCAGAUCGUGUUGUUACAGUUCGACUCGGUCAUUAGCCGGUUGAAGGAAGCGCAGAUUUCGAUAAACGUGACGACGGCAGCGCUGGACGUGAUCUUGGCUGAAGCCUACGAGCCGCAGUAUGGUGCACGUCCUAUUAAGCGAUAUAUCGAAAAGCACGUUGUGACAGACCUGAGCAAACUCAUUAUCUCUGGUCAACUCCAUGCCAAAACUCAAGUGGAGAUCACGGAGACCAAUGGCAAAUUAUCAUUUACGAUCUUGCAGUCCAAGGACGUUGACAUUGAAAUGGCUCCGUAA